CGCCGCCGCCGCCGCCCUCGGCCCGGCCCGCAGCGGGGUAUGGGGGCGGUGCGGCCCCUCGGCCCCCUCCCCCUCUCUCCCUCCUCUCCACCCCUCCCCUUCCCGUGGUCCCGGGCUCCCGGACCCUCCCCCAGGGCCGCAUUCUCCUCUCCCCGUCUUCCUGUCCUCUUCCGCUGUCCUCUCGUUCCCCACCCCCAAGCAUAAACACCCCUCCGCGUCCCAGGCGUCUCCCGUCGCCCCUCCCCCCUCCCCGGGGGUCCGCCCUCCAGCGUUCCGGGGGUUCCCGAGGUCUCCCCAGCGGCAGCUUUCCGUAAGCGCGGUCCCGAAGAUGGGAGGCGCGGUGAGUGCUGGUGAAGACAACGACGAGCUGAUAGACCAUCUGAAGGCGGCGCAGUACAUCCGCUCCGAGCUGGUGGAGCAGGCCUUCCGAGCUGUUGACCGCGCCGACUAUUACCUCGAGGAGUUUAAGGAGAACGCGUACAAGGACUUGGCGUGGAAGCACGGGAACAUCCACCUCUCCGCUCCGUGCAUCUAUUCGGAGGUGAUGGAGGCCCUGGACCUGCAGCCUGGCCUUUCCUUCCUGAACCUGGGCAGCGGCACCGGCUACCUCAGCUCCAUGGUGGGGCUCAUCCUCGGUCCUUUUGGUGUGAACCACGGGGUGGAACUCCAUUCAGAUGUGACAGAGUAUGCGAAGCAGAAGCUGGACUUUUUCAUCAGGACAAGUGACAGCUUCGACAAGUUUGACUUCUGCGAGCCCUCCUUCGUCACCGGCAAUUGCCUGGAGAUCUCUCCAGGCUGCUCUCAGUAUGACCGGGUGUACUGCGGGGCAGGCGUGCAGAAGCAGCACGAGGGGUACAUGAAGAGCCUCCUCAAAGUCGGGGGCGUCCUGGUCAUGCCGCUGGAAGAGAAGUUGACUAAGAUAACUCGGACGGGUCCUUCCGCCUGGGAAACCAAAAAGAUUCUGGCUGUGUCUUUUGCUCCACUCGUCCAGCCCUGCCAGUCGGAGUCAGGAGAAUCAAGACUUGUCCAGUUACCACCCCUGGCGGUUCGCAGCCUCCAGGACCUGGCGCGCAUUGCCAUCCGGGGCACCAUUAAGAAGGUCAUCCACCAGGAAGCUGUGAACAAAAACGGGAACGGACUGAAGAACACUCCCAGGUUUAAACGGAGGAGAGUUCGCCGCCGCCGAAUGGAAACGAUUGUCUUUUUGGACAAAGAGGUGUUUGCCAGUCGGAUCGCCAACCCCUCUGAUGACACCAGCUGCGGAGACCUGGAAGACGAGCGGCAAGAAGAAGAGGUGACAACCCCGCCGGACACCAAGCCCGAGCCCCCGGUGAACUUCCUGCGUGAGAAGGUCCUGAGCCUCCCUCUGCCAGAUCCCCUGAAGUACUACCUGCUUUAUUACAGAGAAAAAUUCCAAGCCGUGCGCGACCCGCUGUUGAGUGUGCUGACUUCCCCAGGUGGGGAGACUCUAAGGAAAGAGCAGGGAACCCCUCCCCCAGGACAUGUGGAGAUCAGGGGCAGCCCGCUGCGCCUGUGCUGUUUGCACAAACCACGUGGCUCGUGCUGAACCCCGGCUCCCCUUCUGGGCACCGGCAUUUUGGAGGGUGAGGGCAGAGCACACCACGUGACCAGCCCCCAGCCAGGUACCAAGCCUCUAAUGAGCUUCCCUGGGGGGACGGGGGUGGGGGUAACUGUAAUGGUUCUGCCCUUGUCGCUGGGGGAAGAGACACCCUAGAGACCCUUGAGGGAAGGAGGGGGCAUGAAGGGUCACGAGGUGACCGGAGCAGGGGCCCUCCCUCCCGUGCAUCCCUACUGUGUGCUGUGACCCAUCUCAGCUGUGAGCACACAAGUCACAAGCAUGUGCUGUGUCCUGUGAGCCUCCCAGCCAGUCCCUGAAGGUGAGGGCAGCCCUGCAGACCCCAGCCCUCUCCUGCACGCCUAGUAGGUGGAAGACCCACUUCUCCUUGCCAUUCCAGAAGCGGUUCUGGAGCUGUCCUGGGAGGGCUUCUGGGGUUAUGCAGGCUGAGCCCCUGUUGCUACGCCCCCACUUCCCCACAAGAGCCUCCAGAGCAAGCAGUUUGCCCUGUUGCCUGAAUGACCGCCCACCAGUUUUCUCAGGAAAGAAUCGGGGGUUUCUGUAGAGGCGUCUGCAGGCAGCUCUGCAGCUGGGCCCACGUUCACAUCUUCUGUGCAAAUACCGAGAACCUUCCCUGACACGUGCCCCCGGCUGACCCCCUCCGCAUGCCAAGCACAGGCCCCAGUGCGGGCGUCAGACUGACCGCCCGUCUCAGCCUCCUGUUGUUGUCAGAGCUGCUCCAGGCCCUGCUCAAGCCCCGUGCACCCACCUUUCACAGGGCUGUCCUGCACCCCCACCUUCAGCAGCAGUUCCCCUAAGUAUUUAAGUGAAGGGGUCCAGAGGUAAGAAAGGAAGCAGAAACAAACAGAUGAAACCAGCUGGGACCAAGAUGACAAUGAGUGUGACCUCCAACCGACCCUGAGUCUCAUCA